AUGUUCCUGAAGGCGCUGUUGACCGCAAUGUUGCUGUUGUUGGCUCUGAUACUCCUGCAGUGCGACGGAAGGGCGUUAAAGCAACGCGGAUCGGACACCGAUCAAGGGUACAGUUUCCUGUCGAAGUCCUCCGGGGAUGCAGUGAAUGCCUGCGAACAGUUACCGCCUCCUGUGCUAACCGAGAUCCUGGGGCCCGCGUUCAACCCGCGGUACAUGAGCAUCGAAGAGCCCCCGGUGGCGGAUUCACCAGGCGGUCCUGAUCCAUCCAACCCGGCCGGAAAACGAGACGCUGAGCCGUUUCCACCGUUCUACGUCGAUGACAAGUACUCGCUCGAGCUGAGCCACAAGCCGGCCUGGGAAGUGAAACACGCCUCCGAACCGAUCCCGCUCGGUGGCGAAGGUCGCGUGCGGUCCAGGCGCGACCUGUUCAACGACCUGCUGGACACGCUGGAACCGGAACCAUCACCCGAGGAGGCGGACAAACGGCAAACCCGCUCAUUCGGUGGGAAAGGUCGAGCACGCAAGGGCUCGUCUGGUAUCGGUGGCACGCCCCGACCUUGGGAGUGUGAGGCGAAGAUCCGCUGGAUCGACCUCGGGCCCGAAUACUUUCCGCGGUUCCUGCGCACGGUGGAGUGUACGAGGCAAAAUUGCUGGUACGGGCACUACUCCUGUCAACCGCGGUCGUUCACCGUGAAGAUCCUGCGACGGCGGACCGGCGAGUGCGUCCAGAGUGACCGAUUGAGACGCAUCGGGGUGGAUGGGCUGCCGGGCGAAUUGCGCGAACUGUGGGUGUGGGAGGAACGGGCCGUCAACUUCUGCUGCGACUGCGCACCGGCCUUCUGA